AUGGCUGUGGAUCUCAAGGGCAAAGGAGCCAUAGUCACAGGAGGCGGCUCCGGCAUCUGUCUAUCCUUUGUCCAGCACUUGUACCGCGCGGGCUGUAAUGUCCUGAUCUGUGAUCUCGCCCUGCAUCGCGAGGCGGUGGCGUGGCUUGAUACGAUCCAACCAAAAAGCAGCACUGAUACUAAUGGCCCUACUACUGCUAGUAGUAGUACUACUGUCGACAAACCGCCAGGACCACCACGGAUAUCCUUCCUCAAGACGGACGUCUCGGACUGGAAACAGCUAGAGGCCGCCUUCGAAUGCUACACCCGCGAGUUCGGGGCCCCAGUGCCGGACAUCCUGUGCCCCGGUGCAGGCGUGUACGAGCCGUCGUGGAACAACUUCUGGAACGACCGUGACGACAGUUCGUACUCGCUCCUGCGGAUCAACCUGGAGCAUCCGCUGAAGAUGUCGCGCAUCGCGAUCCGGAAAUGGGUCCAGCACGGCGCGCCGGGCAUCAUCGUGCACGUGUCCAGCACGGGCGCGCAGAAACCCAGCAUGCUGACACCCCUCUACGGCGCGGCAAAACAGGGCAUUAGCAACUUCACGCGCGGCAUGGCGCGGUUGCAGGAUAUGGAGAAUAUUCGCGUCGUCGCGGUCGCUCCUGGGCCGACCAUGUCGCCGCUCAUGUACGACCACCCGGAGGCGAUGCGGUUCGUGGACCCGGACAGGGAUAAGCUGGCGAUGCCGGACGAGAUCGCGCGCGGCAUGAUGGCUGUGGCGUUUGAUCGCGGACGGUUCCGGCCUGGGACGGUGCUGGAGGUCACGCACCCGGAUCGCUGGAGGGAGGUCAGCCUGUUGAAUGACCCCGGUCCCGGGCCACAUGCGUUUACGAGUAGGAAGGAGGAGGGCAUGGCGGAUGUGUACGCCGCGCUGGAUGCUGAUAGGAAGAGUGGCCCCGCGUCCGUCUAG